GGUAUUUUCGCGUUUGCCCUUGUCAUUGACUUCAUUCUCUCUUUAUUCAACUUCAAACCCCAUAUGUGUCAUUUUCCCCCUAGAGACUUGAGUGCCCCUUAACCAUACCUCUCGUUAGGCAGCGAAGCUCAAACGUACCGAAUUCUCUCUCGUAUCCAGGGAGCUAGCUGCCUUGCAAGAGAGCUGUUUCUAGCUCCACCUUUGCACCAGUCCCUAGUCGAACAUCCGGUGCUCGAAACCUCAAUUUCCGCUAAGGUGACAACAUGGCUGAAGAAAUUGUGAUCGAUAAGACCACAUUCUUUAAUCGUUUAUCGAGCUUCUGUACGGCAUGGAAGACAGACAAACGAUCUACUAACCCCGUUUUUGGGGGCGCAGGCUCUAUCGUGGUUCUUAUGGGAAAGACAGAUGAGGCCAACAGUUUCCAAAAAUCUAACGCUAUACAUUUUUGGCUACUCGGGUAUGAAUUCCCGGCUACCCUCCUAGUUUUCACUCCCGAGGUAGUGUAUGUCGUAACAACAGCAAAAAAAGCCAAGCAUCUGGAACCUUUGAAGGGUGGAAAAAUUCCCGUGGAAAUCUUAGUGACAACCAAGGAUCCCGAAGAGAAGACCAAAGUGUUUGAAAAAUGCAUCGGUGUCAUCAAAGCUGCAGGACCAAAAGUCGGGAUUCUACCGAAAGACACGGCCGCCGGUCCCUUUGCAGAAGACUGGAAGCGCAUUUAUGGAAAUAUUUCUGGAGAAUUAGAGGAAGUUGAUAUCGCCCCUGCCUUGUCCACGGCCUGCUUCUCCAUCAAGGAUACAGACGAACUAGUAUCCAUCCGAAAUGCCUCUAGGGCGUGCAGCGGACUGAUGUCCGAAUAUUUUGUCGACGAAAUGUCUCGGCUACUCGACGAGGAAAAGCAGAUGACACACAAAGCACUUUCAAUACGGAUCGACGCCAAAAUUGAUGACGAAAAAUUCUUCAACAAGCUAGCGAAACUACCAUCUGAAUUUGAUCCUCGCCAGAUUGACUGGGCUUAUGGCCCUGUGAUCCAGAGUGGUGGGAAGUACGAUUUGAAGCUUACUGCCGUUCCUGAUGACAAAAAUCUCGAGCCGGGAAUCAUUAUCGCAGGUUUCGGAAUUCGUUACAAAACCUACAGCUCCAUAAUCGGACGUACCUAUUUAGUGGACCCCAGCAAAUCCCAGGAAGCAAACUAUGCAUUUCUCCUGAACCUUCACGAAACAGUCAUUAAGGAAGUUCGCGAUGGCACAGCCGCCAAAGAACUUUUCAACAAGGCAAUUGGUCUUAUCAGAGCUAAAAGACCAGAACUUGAACCUCACUUCACGAAAAACGUCGGCGCUGGUAUCGGAAUCGAGCUUCGCGAUUCAAACAUGGUGCUCAAUGGAAAGAACAACAGGGUUUUGAAGAGCGGUAUGACCUUGUCAAUCACAGUUGGACUAGUGGAUGUCGAAGAACCAAAUGCGAAGGACAAGAAAACCCGCGUCUACUCAAUGCUUAUCACGGACACUGUCCGUGUCGGAGAACAGGGACCACAUGUCUUCACCAAAGAUGCAGGUAUCGACAUGGACUCCGUUUCGUUCUAUUUCGGAGAUGAAGAAGAGCCCCAGAAGCCCGCCAAAGAGAAGAAAGAGCCCAAGUCCGGUGCGGUUGCAAGCAGAAAUGUUACGAGGACAAAACUUCGUGCUGAACGACCGACUCAGGUCAGUGAAGGUGCAGAAGCACGUCGUCGUGAACACCAGAAAGAACUAGCUUCGAAAAAGACUAAAGAAGGUCUUGAUCGAUUCGCAGGUACCACCGGUGACGAUAACGGUGUUACCCAGAAGAAGUUCAAGAAGUUUGAAUCGUACAAGCGAGAUAACCAAUUGCCGGCGAAGGUCAAGGAUCUCACUGUUUAUGUGGAUCACAAAGCCUCUACUGUAAUUGUUCCAAUCAUGGGUCGGCCAGUGCCAUUUCACAUCAACACCAUUAAAAAUGCCAGCAAAAGUGACGAAGGAGAGUACGCCUACCUUCGAAUCAACUUCCUUUCUCCUGGCCAGGGUGUUGCUAGGAAGGAUGACCAGCCUUUCGAAGACCUGUCAGCGCAUUUCCUGAGGAAUUUGACGCUCAGAUCAAAAGACAACUCCCGGUUUGCGCAAGUCGCGCAAGACAUCACAGAGCUUAGGAAGAAUGCUCUACGACGUGAACAGGAGAAAAAAGAGAUGGAAGAUGUGGUAGAGCAAGACAAGCUUGUCGAAAUUAGAAAUCGUCGCCCUGUGAAGCUACCUGACGUUUAUCUUCGGCCUCCUCUAGAUGGAAAACGAGUUCCGGGUGAAGUUGAAAUCCACCAGAAUGGUCUUCGCUAUAUGUCACAUUUACGUAACGAACAUGUGGAUGUCCUCUUCAGCAAUGUCAAGCACUUGUUCUUCCAGCCUUGUGCGCACGAACUGAUCGUUAUUAUACACGUCCACCUGAAAACACCCAUUAUGAUCGGUAAAAGGAAGACCAGAGAUGUCCAGUUUUAUAGGGAAGCUACUGAGAUGCAGUUUGACGAAACCGGAAACCGCAGACGCAAGCACCGUUAUGGAGAUGAGGAGGAGUUCGAGGCUGAGCAAGAGGAGAGGCGUCGCAGGGCAGCCUUAGACCGCGAAUUCAAAGCAUUCGCGGAGAAGAUAGCGGAUGCCGGAAAGGAUGAAAGUGUAGAUGUCGACAUUCCGUUCAGAGAGAUUGGCUUUACCGGUGUCCCGAAUCGCUCCAGUGUCCUCAUUCAACCAGCCACAGAUGCGCUCGUUCAGUUGACUGAGCCUCCCUUCCUUGUUCUCAGUCUGAACGAAAUUGAGAUUGCACAUCUUGAGAGAGUACAGUUCGGGCUCAAAAACUUUGACCUUGUUUUCGUGUUCAAGGACUUCCACCGGCCCCCUGUGCAUGUUAACACUAUCCCUGUGGAAGCCUUGGAAGGUGUUAAAGACUGGCUCGACUCUGUUGAUAUUGCAUUCACAGAGGGACCACUGAAUCUGAACUGGACAACCAUCAUGAAAACCGUCGUUAGCGACCCGUACGGCUUUUUUGCCGAUGGUGGUUGGUCAUUCCUGGCAGCCGAAUCAGACUCCGAGGAUGGCUCGGAAGAAGAGGAGGAGUCCGCAUUCGAGCUUUCUGAAUCAGAGCUUGCUGCGGCGGAUGAGAGCUCUGAGGACAGCGAAUUCGAUGACGAUGCUAGCGCUGAUGCCAGUGAGGACUUCAGCGAGGACGAGGAAAGCGGGGAAGACUGGGAUGAGCUGGAGAGAAAGGCAAAGAAGAAGGACAAGGAGAGUGGCCUGGACGACGAUGAUAGGGGUAAAAAGCGAAAGCGGUAAUAUCUCUACGCGGUCUGCUUGCAUGAUUUCAAAUAUCAUUUUGCUACAUUUUGUAUUUUUACCUUAUUUGAUAAUCUAACGAUCCAAUGUUGUUGUUUCGCUGACCGAAAUAUGAUUCAAGAAAGUAUCUU